AGAUGUCCGACGAGGUCGAGAUCAAAACCUACUUCAAGCUGGUAGACGUGGUCAAGUGGGUCGGCAUCACGCAGUUCGAGGUACUGAUCAAUUUACUGGCUUUCCUAGUGUUCAGCAUCAUUCUGACGAUCAAAGCGACCAGCGGAUCGCUGGCCGGACCAAUCAGUACCAGCGAAUGGUUGAUCAUGUUCUCGCCCCUGUUUUGCGGUGAUUUCUGCAAUGCAUACUUCUGUGUGAUCGUCGGUAUUAGGAUGUAUCUGGGUAACAAACAUCGGCAGGCGAUGCACCGGCUGUCCUGGAGUGUCCACUUUUUGCUACUGACAGCCGGUUUCAAGUAUCUGGUGUGUAUGAAACUCUCCGGCCAAAGCGGGCUGGAGUACAGUGAGGUGUUUUCGCCGAUUUUCGUCCUGUUGCAAUUGAUUGCAGUGAAGGCGUGUCAGUUCAAGCAGCAGUCGUGAUGCGGGAGUACGAAUUUAAUGUUGGGUCCUUCAAGUUGUGGUUUCGUAGUUUAUUUGAUAAAAAUAAAUAACGGGGUUGCACGAACUGUGGACGUAGGACACCACCACACCAUCUGCUGUUUUUUGUUUAUUUUUUCUGAUGGAACUGACGUUAAAAUUACGUAGUCGAACCUUUUUUCACCUUGUACGUAAAAUGGUAAAUAAAAAUUAUUUUACAUUGAAUUAAUA